GGAAAGAUCUAGGACGCCUUGCCUCUGGGCUCUGCCACGACAUCGGUUGAACUGGGGAUCCCUUUGUGGUUGAGAAGAUGCCCCUUUCCUGUUGCCCAGAUGGGUCUCCUCCUCGGCCCCAUUUGGAUGGCUCCCUGGCACAAGCGACCUCCCGCUUCCUGCGUGUGACCAAGCUGCAUGGGCUGCACUACAUGGGCUCCCGCCAGCAGUCUUGGCCCCAGCGCCUCCUCUGGAGUGGAGCCUUCUUGGCUUCUGUGGGGCUGCUGUGCACAUGGUCAGCCAAUCGGAUGCAAUACCUGCGCUCUAAGCCAGUCCACACCAAAGCCCACAUGCUUUGGGACCCCCUGAUGCACUUCCCUGCAGUCACCUUCUGCAACCACAACCCAGUUCGCUUCCUCCAGCUCACAAGGCCUGAUCUGUACUCCGUUGGGCACUGGCUGGGGCUGACCUAUGAGAACCGCUCCCUGCUCCCCAGUGUCCUGGAAGAGCUGCCUGAAGAGCAACGCCCCUGGCUCAUACACCUGGGCAACUAUACGCGAUUCCUGCCACCUCGACUUUCUCCGCAUACAAUGGAGAGCUUCUUCCAUCGCCUGGGCCAUCAGAUUGAGGACAUGCUGCUGGAGUGUCACUUCCAGGGCAAACCCUGUGGGCCCCAAGACUUCACCCCUGUCUACACACGCUAUGGGAAAUGCUACACAUUCAACGGCGACCGAAAUAAACCACGGGUGACUCGCCAGAGCGGGAUGGGCAAUGGGCUGGAAAUCAUGUUGGACAUUCAGCAGGAGGAGUAUCUGCCCAUCUGGAGAGAGACCAAUGAGACAUCAUUUGAAGCUGGAAUUCGGGUACAGAUCCACAGCCAGGAUGAGCCACCCUAUAUCCAUCAGUUGGGAUUUGGAGUCUCUCCUGGUUUUCAGACUUUUGUCUCCUGUCAGGAACAACGGCUGACGUACCUGCCACAGCCAUGGGGGAGCUGCCGGGCCAGCGUGAAGGGGGAACAGGUCCUUCCUGGCUAUGAGAGCUACAGCAUCGCUGCUUGCAGACUGCAAUGCGAGAAGGAGGCUGUGGUGCGUAACUGCCAGUGCCGCAUGGUGCAUAUGCCAGGUAAUGAAACCAUCUGCUCACCCAAUGUCUACAUUGAAUGUGCUGACCACACACUAGAUACAGCUGUGGAAGAUUCCCAGGACCGCUGUGUCUGUCCAACACCGUGCAACAUGACACGUUAUGGCAAGGAGAUAUCUAUGGUGCGCAUUCCCAACAAGGGAUCAGCCCGGUACUUGGCUCGCAAGUACAACCGCAAUGAGACCUACAUUCGGGACAAUUUCUUGGUGCUGGACAUCUUCUUUGAGGCACUGAACUAUGAAUCGAUUGAGCAGAAGAAGGCAUACAACUUGGCUGGCCUUCUGGGGGACAUCGGAGGUCAAAUGGGCCUCUUUAUCGGAGCCAGUGUUCUAACUGUCUUGGAAAUCCUUGAUUACAUCUAUGAAGUGAUCCGUGACAAAGUAGCCCAUGGCUUACGGCGCUCCAAACCUCCUCUAAAGAAGCCUUCAGGCAGUAUUGCCACUUUGGGACUGGAGGAGAUCAAAGAGCAGAGUCCCUGUGAUACCCUUGGACGUCACGCUGAGGGCACCUACCCUACGGGUCUCCUGCCGAACCACCACCAUCGCCACCACUACUCAGCCCAAGGGGUCUUCGAAGACUUUGCUUGCUAGUCUGGCCUGUGUCACUGCUCCCCCUUUCCCCCUUCCUCCCAAAAUGAAGGCAGUGCUUCUGGAGCAGCCUCGGACACAGCAAGUCCCACCCUUUGCCAUGAGCUCUUCCAAGUCCAAAACCCAGACCAAGCAAUUUCUUCCCACC